AUGGGUUACAGCCAAGCGUUGAUUGAUGGCAUCCCAGGCACUGUGGUGCUGGAAGACAGUGUGGCUCCAGGCACAAUUGUGGCCAAUUUCACUGGCAAUUGUACAGGCCCCAGUGAUCUACCCACAGUAACUCUAAACACCACAACUCCCGCAACCUCUUUUUUCAAUCAGCCAAAUUUUGUAUCCCCUAACAUCUAUGAGGUGAGCCUUAGUCCCAGUGCUGCCCUGGAUGCCAAAGAGGUGAAUCUGUAUGUUUUGACAUUUGUUGCAAGUUGCCCAGAUGGAACGUGGACUGAGAUUAAACUCAACAUUCGAGUCACUGCAGCAGAAAGAUUGGAGUGCGGCAGCAAUUCUGAAUAUAUCGGAGAGAACCCAGUAAGAGUUUCAGAGAAUGUUAAACCGGGAGAAUCCAUCUAUCAAACUGUAUUGAAGAAGCGAGGCACAGACACCGUGAUUUUCACCAUAGAGAAUGCUUCUCUGCCUUUCACCAUAACUAGAGAUGGAACAGUGCUGGCACCUGCCGAGGGUUUCAGUCGUGAGCAAGCUGACAAGAUAUUCCCAAUGGUCAUUGUGGUAACAGACAGUAGUGGGAAACGCUGCCUCAGGCCUUUGCAAAUAGAGGUGCUGCCUGUUUACCAUAAACAAGUCAACUUCACGGUGUCAUCAGUAGCAAAAAGUCUAUUGGAAAAUGCAGGCCCCCUCCAGUUUAUCACACAAGUCAAUGCCAGUGGGGAACAUGUUGUUUACGCGAUUAUCUCCCCAAACACGAACCAUUUCACCAUUGAUCCAGACACAGGCAUAAUCCAGAACACCUACAACCUAGAUCUGGAACGUUAUCCAUCCUUAUCCAAAACCCAGCUGGUAGUGAAAGCUUACAACAUGCUGCAUCCAAGUGAUAGUGCCACCAUCACCGUCAACAUUACAGUAAAACGUAAGAACCUGCAAGGACCACUGUGCAACCCUGCCGUAUUUGUGACUGAGAUUCCAGAGACAGAACCCAUCGGGACAACCCUGUUGCAUCUUUCUUGUAAAGAUGUAGAGAGUGGCAGUGACAGCCUUCACUACAAAAUAAUGGAGGAUAGUCAGAGCCCACAGUAUAGCUUCCAAAUGAAAGGCUCAGCACUGCAGGUGAACAGCACUUUGGACUGUGACUCUGAAGCUAUGGCCAGCCUUAACUUCCUGUACCAAGCCACCAUUCUGGUGACAGACAAUGGAAGUUCCCCACAAAACACUGCAGUGAAGGUGUUGGUGACAGUAAGCCGAGUGAAUGAAUACGACCCAGAGUGUUCACGAUGGUUCUUUAGCGUCCCAGAGAAUGUCCCCUUUGGAUACUUCAUUGGCAGUGUCAACGGCACUGACCGAGACUAUCCUUUCGACAAUAUUGAAUACGGCAUCCUGGGGGCAUGGGGCUCUGUUUUCUACGUUGGGCGUCGCACAGGACAGCUUUAUGUAUUGGGGCCACUGGACUAUGAAAAGCAGAAGUCCUAUCGUCUGACUGUCAGCCUAAAGGACCUAGAUAAUGAUGUGAAUCCCAAAACACAGAAGACAACACUGUGUAACAUCACCAUUAAUGUGCAGGAUGUGAAUGACGAGUCCCCUGUAUGUGAUCCACCCUUUCAGCAGCAUUUCAUAUAUUCCACAAGGACUACAUCCAUCACAGAGGUGAAGUGCGAGGAUAAGUAUGAACGAAGUGAAUUGACCUACAGCAUCGUUGGAGGCAACACAAAUGGGCGAUUUCGCAUGGUUGGAAACCUUAUUUUCCACAAUGGCUUCUCCUACAACCCUGACGGUGUUUUUGAUCCCCUCGCUUUUGAGCUUCUAGUGGAAGUGACGGAUAGUCGUAGCAUACCUCGCUUCAGCACCACAGCCACUGUUAUUGUUUAUGUGACCCCUUGGAUCACAACAGUGCCUACUACCACCACCACUACUACGACAGUGCCCAAAGAGCCCAUCGUUUUGCACCGCAUUGAGAAGUACUGGGCACCAGAUCCCUGGUUCGUGGUGGUUCUUACUCUCACUGGAGCUCUCCUCCUUUCUGUCUUGGGUUUCUUAUUCUGGCAGCUCUGUUGGAGGAAGGCACCAGGAGAGACAUCUCAACCUCUACUGCAGAACAAGGGCAAAGAUCUGGAAAGAAAUUACAUCACAACGGAAGAGCCAAGCAAGGAGAAAGGGAAAGAUUCUACUGAGGUGCUGAGUCUGCAACUCCAGUUUGAUGGCCGUGCUCAGGACCCUAUCACCGGCCAAUAUUACCUGUUUGACAGCAGCACUGGAGCGCGGCGUUGGGUGUGAGCAUGGCCUGUUCUGUCUUAAGGAAAG